AUGCCUGUCUCACACUCCCCGCGGGCGACUGCGGCGACUCUCUCAUCCAAGGUCGCCUUUACUCCCAGCCUGACCACAACCAUCUCUUCUCCUGACAAUCACAACAUCUCUAUCACUGGUGGCCACCGCAAACGAUCAAGCGGAUCCGACAUCCUCACAACUGCUAACUCGCUCAUGAAGAGAUCGAUUUCGACCCCUGUCAUGGCCUCUGCUUCGAUGGUCUCCUCAGAACAGGUUGCCGAUUUUGAGAGGUUGCGCCAGGGCCAGAUCAUGAUGACGACUUAUAUCAGUAGUGCCAUUCGGGAAAAGAAGCAGGGUAACCCAGUGCCGUACGAAGAAUUGAUUGCACAACUGACCGUAUCAAAGCCAGCACCGCUGACUCCUGCCAAAAUGCUGCAAUGGAUCCAAGCGAUGUCGCAAUGCAUAUCCUUGCUGGAUAAAUCUUGCUCAGCACUCAUCGAUGCGAUGCUCCAGAUCGAUUGGGCUAUUCAAGAUGACGUUUUUGUGCAGAACUACCUGUCCUUCCUGGGCAAUAUCGUAUCAGCGCAUGCGUUUUAUGUCGUGCCAAUCCAGUCGAUGUUGGUCCGGAAGUUCACUACUCGAUCCAGGCCAACGACAGAUAAUAUACUCAUGAUUAGUCGUGAGCAGCAGUUUGAGCGUGUUCACCAGGCUCUCAAGUACAUUCUUAGUCUGAUCCCCACGGGCCCCACCUCUUUGUUCCCACUGCUCGUUGCAGAGUUCCCUCACAAGCGAGAGUCCAUUAGCGCUCAUAUUAUCUUUGUCAAGAAUAUUCUCCGCGUUUCAGAAUAUGCACCCGUCCUCCGGGCCCAGAUUUUGAGCGUUGUCAUUGAUCGAAUUAUUCAGGUCGACGUGGAAAUCCAAGUAGAGCUAGAGGAGCUCGAGGACUCGGACACCGAGGUUGUGCACGAUUUCGACGCAGGCGACGAGGAUGAAGACGGGAAUGGUGACGAUGAAUCGGUCUUGGAUGACUAUUCGGGAUCAGAUUCUGACGAUUCCGAUGCCAUGGAGGUAACAGUUCUCAACAUCAAGGAAAUGACGCAAAAGCUGGAUGGCAUGUUGUUCUUGGUGUUCUCACACCUGAAAUCAUAUGUUGAGAGCUGCCGCGACCUACCGACAUCAGACGGUCAGCCGCCUGUGCCGAUUCAGCAGCUGUUCUUUGUACUUCUGGACAUUUUCACAAAAACGGUAUUGCACACGUUCAAGUCACGGCAUACGCAGUUCUUGCAUUUCUACUACAUCUCCCUGUCGAACUAUUUCUCGGACAUCUUUCUCGGCACCCUUGGACAGCAAAUCCUGGACAAAUCACAACCGCAGGUCGCCCGAGUUGCAGCCGCAGCCUAUAUGUCGUCGUUUGUUGCCCGGGCAAAAUAUCUCGAUGUGCGUCAGGUCGGAAUGGUGGUCGAUAUGCUGGGCGGGUUCGCUCUUGAGACUGUGGAGCGGGUCGAUACGGGUUCGAACGUCCUGCCGGAUGCGGAUCGGUACGCAGUUUUCUACGCAGCCGUACAAGCACUGCUCUACAUCUUCUGCUUCCGGUGGAAGGUCCUGGUGAUAGACGGAGCAAGCAAGGUCCAGGGCGGCAAGGACGAUUUUGAUAGCGCAGGCAUGAUUGUUGGAUGCAUGGAUGGGACGUCAGAACAAAACACUGAAAAGUCUGUAACGCGGCAAUGGCAUACAGGACUCGCCUGUCUUCAGCGAAUCGUGACCAGUCGAUUGAACCCAUUGAAGAUUUGCUCAAGUAAUGUGGUUAAGCAGUUUGCUCGGCUCUCCAAUGACCUCAACUUUAUGUACAUCUACCCGAUCCUGGAGCAAAAUAAGAAGAUUUUUAUCCCUCGUAACUACAACGCAAAUACCGCAGGCAAUGGAUCCAACGGAGGCGGAGCGAACGGCAACGGACAAGCGAACGGGGGUGUUCUCCCCCAUGAACUCGAGACCUUCUUCCCAUUCGACCCUUACCGUCUGCGCCAGAGUGCUCCCUUUAUGCAAGGAAUCUAUCAAGAAUGGGAGGAUGACAGUGGAGACGACGAGGACGAAGAUGAGGAUGACGACGAAUAUGACGAGUACGACGAGGAAGAAGCAGAAGGGGCGGAGGGCGAUGUGGACCAGGAGGAAUAUGGGGUUAAUAUUGUCGGUCGUCGUAGCAGUAUCGAUGCAGACGAGGACGAUACGGGCGAGCAGCUGAUGAACAAGUCCAUCAUGGCGAUGAGUAUCAGUCCGAGCCCAGCACAUUUCCUAGUGCAGAGGAUGACAUCCAUCGCCACCACCACAUCAAGGAAGCUGUAA